AUGGCGAAGGGGACGGUGAAGCGCAAGCCGACUCCCUCCGCCCUUCGCAAGAAGAAGGCACAGCAGCGCAUUCGAAAGAAGCUGCUCCACAAGCUAGAGAAGAAGAAGCCCAGCUGGAAGAAGGCCAUAGCGAAGACGUACGCGGAGAACAAUGGCAGCGCAAAGAAGAAGGAGCCGUUUGGGCGCAAGAAGCGGCCGCGUGGCGACGACGACGACAACCAGCCGCUGGAGGGUGAUGAUGCCGAAAACGGCGACGUCGAGGUGCAGAGCGACGUUGACGAAGAGAAGCAGGAACGCAUGAACAAGCGCGACCCGCUUGAGACACAGCUGUUCCUCAAGCGCCUCCCGCUCGACACGUCGGAGGAGGAGCUGCUGAGCUUCUUCGCGUCGCGCUUCGGCGCCGUGCGGCGCGUGCUGCUGGUGCGCAACAAGACGAACAAGGCGUUGGUCGGCACCGGCUUCCUGCACUGUGGCUCCGUUGCGCUGGCGGAGAAGAUCUUCGAGCACGCGCAGCACAACGCGCGUGAACUCGCCGCCGCCGACCGCGCCGACUGGCGCGAGAAGACAAAGGAUGUCUCACACUGCCAGGCGAAGCGCAUGCGGUUCAAGUUGCGCGCCGACGCCGUCACCGCACGCGACCCGUUCCUGUCGAUUCGCGACACCCGCUUCACUGUGCACCGCGUGCUUUCCCGCAGCGACUCGCACGAGGCCGUCGCAGCGCUGCAGAAGAAGCAGAAGCGCACAAAGGUGGCCGCCGACGACCCGCGCCACUUGUACCUGCUGCAGGAAGGCCUCAUUCUACCUGACGCGCCGGCCGCGCGCGGACUGCACCCCCGCUACCUUGAGAUGAUUCAGUCCGACUACGAGGCGCGCAAGAACCAACUGCGCAACAGCAACAUGUUCGUCAGCACCACGCGCCUGAAUGUGCGCAACCUGCCGCGGACCAUGACGGAGAAGGAGCUGCGCGCCCUCUUCGCAACACCGGUGCGCACCUUCUUGAAGGAGCACAAGGAGCACGCCGAGAAGGACAAGUGGGGCAAGUACGGCCCAAUCAAGAACAUCAAGUUGGUGAAGGACUCUGCCGGCACCUCAAAGGGCUACGCCUUUAUGGAGUUCGUGAACCACCCGACGGCUCUGCACGCAUUGCGCGCGAUCAACAACAACCCCACUCUCUUCGGCGACAACCGGCGCCUGAUGGUCUCCUUCGCCAUUGAGGACAUUAACGCCAUCCAGAAACUGCAGCGCCUGCGGGAGUUGCGGCGGCAGCACAACAUGCCCCGCGCGGGGAAUCAUGAGGACGAGGCGGAGUGA